CCUAGCCACAGCUACUGUACAUGACGUUGGCUCGCGUCAACUUGCCCAAACCUUCAUCACCUCCAAGAUUUCGAACCUCAGCUCGUGUUUGCGAUUCAAAUUCGAUUCCGCUUCUUAUCUUUUAGUUUGUUCCAGGCGAUACACUGAGCAGAAGAUAAUGGCGAACGAUUCCGCUGCCUCGGCGCAACAAGAAUCCUCAACGACACAGCGCAGCAAUAGCUUCUCGGCGCAGUCGGACAAAUCGAGUGCUUCCCAAACAGCAGCAGAGUUCAUUCGCGAUCAAGAGGCCCUCGAGGCAGACGCUCGCGAGGCGCUUCCAUAUAGCAUAAACACAUGUACCAAGAUACUCGGACCCUUGCGCCAGAACGUCUUCGCAUGCCUCACAUGUAGCCCGCCGCCCGCUUCCGCCGCUCAACAAUGGACGCCUGCUGGCGUGUGCUACGCCUGUUCCGUUCAAUGCCACGGUGAGCACACUUUGGUUGAGAUCUUUCAGAAGCGCAACUUCACCUGCGAUUGCGGAACGUCGCGACUUCCCUCCACCAGCCCUUGCACCUUGAGAACAAACAGCGAGACGAACACGAAAGGAGAUGUCCACGGAGAAGAGCCAGACGCCAACAACAGAUACAAUCAGAACUUCAAGAACCGGUUCUGUGGCUGCGAAUGCGAUUAUGAUCCCUUUGAGCAAAAGGGGACAAUGUUUCAGUGUAUGGGUCUGGGAUCCGUUGAGACGGGCGGGUGUGGUGAAGAUUGGUAUCACCCAGGGUGUCUCGUAGGCAUGGGUCCCAGAUGGUUCGAGGUGAUGAAGCCAGAGAGGCCCACCGCUCCGCAGGCGGGCGACACCCUGGCAACUAUUGCAGAACACAACGAACAACCGCCGGAGAGCCAGCCAGCCGAGAACGAUGCGGCCGUGGCGGACGAGGAUGAUGAGCCUCCUAUGCCUCCUGGAUUCCCAGGUGAGGAUGACUUUGAAGGUUUCAUCUGCUACAAGUGUGUUGAGUCUCAACCAUGGAUCAAGCCAUAUGCUGGAACACCUGGAUUCCUACCGGCUGUGAUGUUGAACCACAACGAGGAUACCGCAUCUGCCAAUACCACAUCGAAGAAACGUAAGACAGAAGACGCUGUGGAGCAUCAGAGCGACGCCAAGCGCGUCAAGACUGAGGAAGAGCAAGAUGGGGAACAGGCAGAACAAGAAACACCCAUGGCUGCUGACUCUGAGCCUGGAGCAGCCCUCCCAUCUGAUUGCAAGCUGCCCAACUUAUCGAUACCGCCGUCGGGCCGGUUUUCCCUGUUCUUCAAAGAGGACUUUCGGGACGAAUUCUGCCGUUGCUCCAGCUGCUACAAACACCUUGACAGCAACCCCCAACUCAUGGAAGAAGAAGAGACCUACGAGCCGCCACUUUCCGAAGAUGCCGCAUCGCAGCACGGCGGGUCAACGCACGGCAGUGGAAGUCUUCUCGAACGUGGCGAGAGCGCAUUGCGCAACGUUGAUCGCGUCCGCGCUAUUGAGGGGGUCAUGGCGUACAAUCAUCUCAAGGAGCAACUAAAGCCUUUUUUCCAACAAUUCGCCGAGAGCGGGCAGGCAAUUGGUGCUGAAGACAUCAAGGCAUACUUUGCUAAGCUCCGUGGCGAUGAAGAGGACAUCAAGGAGGCAGGCGAGGCAGCUGCCAGUGAUGGCCGUGAUUCGCAGAGGCGUGAGCAAGGCGGACAUUGAUCUAGACAAAGCUCGUGGCUGCGUCAGAUGUAACAUAUAUAAUGUUCGCAAAUGCGAGAGGAAUCGAUUGUGGCUGGGUA